AUGUCUGACUUGUCUGCUCUUGAUAACGGGCUACGUGAAUUAGCGAGGAUCAUUCAACAAUAUCCUAAUGCUGAUAUCUCAGUUUGUUAUAACAGCCUGCCGGCAGAGAGCAAGGAACAUCUCAGUCGAUUCGCUAAGUUGUGCAAUAACACUGGCAAACCAUGUACCCGACCAAGACGGGAGGAUCAUCGUCUUCGAUCCAUCCUAGCAAUACAAGAAGUUGCGCUCUCCAUGAAUGUACAAUCUGCAAUUAUAACAUGGAGGAGCAAUAUAAACUUAUUACAUGGGAGCUCAGGUGGAAUCGUAUCGGCAAACAAUGAUAACCUGACCUCCAUCUACUGGAGAAAGGUGGACAGGUCUGAAUACAACGAGAUAGAGGUUAUACGUGAUAGAGUGGAUUCUCUAAUCCUAUAUCAUAUGGCUGUUUCAUCAAAACAUCAUACAGGAAGGAGUUGGACUAACGGUGGCCUUCAAGGGUUUACAAGCCAGAUUCUCUCACUUCCGGAGCGUGAUCAUACGUUUCUCGAGAAAGAAGAAAGAAUUCAGGAAUGGGUGGCUUCAGGACACAGCUACUGGGAGUGGGUUGAGUACCUGUACAACGCGGAGACCCAGGAAAUACGGGCAGAUUCCAGUCAUUAUAGGGAAGAUAGGCUGGGCUAUAUCAUAGUGCUACCUCAAUCCCGGGGUAUUCUAGAAUCAACAUAUACCUCGAGAGAACUGCGCAAAUCCCAGCGGAAGGAAGCAGCAAUGCACCUCCAAUUGGCGGGAAUUUACGAACUAGCAAGAACUUCGGGGGCCCUUGACGUUGGCCAGCGCAUACGAGACAGAUCUCUCCAAGGGCAAUUCCCGAUACUUUGUCCAGAGGAAAUGUUGACAACUCAAUCUCCUCCGGCUGAGUAUAAUAUUGAUACCUUGACGAGCAACGAAGCGCCGUAUUAUCAGGACAUACCUGAUAGAGAUUCCGUUUUGGCAGAGCUUGCUUUUGCAGAAGGUAUUGUGAUCGAAUCUACCUUUAACAAGAGUUCUACGCUAUCAUUUCAAAGACCGUAUGACUCACCUAUAUUCAUGGCGCUUCAAAAUGGAAACACGUUGGAAGUUUUAAACCUUCUGGGAACCAGACAGGCAUCUGUUCAUGAUGUCGACCCCUAUGGUUUGGGGAUUUUAUUUUAUGCGGCAUACUACUGUUGGAAAGGCAGCGGCAGUAACAUUGCGAUGGAAUUAUGUACGCAGUUGGUCUUAUUUGGCGCAAACACCAACUGGGAAGAUGAUAUUCAUAAUUGCCCUGUUGAAACCAUGAUUGACUCUGCGUUAGCCUCUGCAAUUUCUACAAAUGCAUUCUUUGCACCUCCAACGCACUGCCAACGAAUUGCUCAACUAUUCAAUACCAGUCCAGGUGAUUUAUGGGCCGAAUACCUGCAUAGUCGAGGUUUUACACCACUUCAUAAUGUUGUUUUGGGUAUCGAUACCAGCCAAUCAUUGGAGGAUUUUCUCGAUUUAUCUGCUCGAACCGGCACACUUGAAUUGAUGAUAAACCAAACAGAUUUUCAUUGCAGGACACCACUUAUAUGGGCUGUCGAAUUCGGGCUAGUUGAUGCAGUGCAAGCACUCCUAAAAUACGGUGCUAACCCUCGCCAAGGUAUACAAACUGAGAGGGGAGAGCUGCCGUUGCUACAUCUAUCUUUAGCGGGCCCACCCUCCCAGUUUUUAAACAUGAAUUUCCGUCUCAUUGUCAGCCUUUUAGCAACAGCGAAUGUUGAUAUCAACUUAAAAGAUCAUGAAGGGUGGACACCCUUACAUGUCGCGGCAUCAUGGGGCCAUGGCGAUCUCUGGGAAUUUCUAUGUCUUCCUGGAUUGGAUUGGAAUGCACUAACAAACGAUGGAGAAUCAGUGGAUGACCUGUCCCCAGACAAGAUGUUCAGCCACCAUCUGACGCUGCUUUAA